GGUGCCGCUUACAUAAAGCCGCACCAGAAGGGGGGCCACUCGAGAUUACUUUAUUUUCCAACUCCGAAACGCGACGUCUCUUCCCCUAACCACCACCUCGUCUCGUCUAUCGGUGCGCCUUUUGGUGCCGUGUGCGUUGGGGACGACGACGACGACGACCAGCGUUCCUCGGCAUCACCCUCCCCGACCAGCUGAGUUCGUUACCCAGACCUCGGGAUCGCUUGCCGCUCUCUAUUUUUGUGGAUUUGGUACCGAGUUGAGAAGUCGUCUCCGGUCACAAGAACCACUCCCUUCUUGCUGUGUGCCUCGCAUAUCCUAUCAGUGUUACCGAUGGGUGCUUGUAUAUCUUCUGGAGGAUUGGAGGUGACGGAGGCAGAUAAAGCCUUGCAUAGGCAAGCAGAGAAGGAGCUGAAGGAGGCCAAGGCCAAGAUGGCGUCGCAGGUCAAGGUCCUACUCCUUGGCUCCGGUGAUUCGGGAAAGUCGACAGUGCUCAAGCAAAUGCGGUUUAUCCACCGAGUACCGUUCUCGCCUCAGGAAAUCGAGUCGUAUCGGCAGCUCACAUUCGAUAAUCUCACUGGCGGGCUCAAAUAUGUUCUCGAUGCUAUGGAGGACAUGGACCUGAAGGUGUCAGAAGAGAACCAGAAGUACCUCGAGGUUAUCGAGGAUGCUCGUGAUCUCAGGGACGGGGAGGCCUUCCCGAUGGAAUAUUACGAACCCCUGAAAUCACUAUGGAGUGAUCCCGAAGUACAGAAGGCGUGGCAGAGAGGCAAUGAGGCUGCAUUACCCGAAAAUCUUCUUUACUUCUUUGGAUCAUUAGACCGGUUAUUCGACCCGCAAUAUCAGCCUACGGAACAGGACAUCAUUCAAUGCCGAGCCCGGACGAUUGGCAUCACGGAGACGACAUUUACGCUUCGAGAACAUGAGAUGCUCAUGGUUGAUGUUGGAGGUCAGAAAUCGGAGCGGCGGAAAUGGAUACAUUGCUUUCAGGAUGUGACGAGUAUUCUGUUUCUGGUCAGCUUGAGCGGAUACGACCAAUGUCUGGUGGAGGACAAAGAUGCGAAUCAAAUGCAAGAUGCAAUGACCAUAUGGGACUCAAUAUGUCACUCGCAGUGGUUCAAGCAAACUUCGAUCAUUCUGUUUUUGAACAAGAAUGACUUGUUCGAGAGGAAAAUACCACAUUCCGACAUCAAAAAUUUUUUCCCGGAUUAUGAUGGUGAGACUGGCGACGUCCGAGCAGGUCGCGAUUACUUCAAGCGUCGGUUUACAAAACUGGCCACAAAGGCUGGUCGACUAAAAGAGCGUGAGAUAUACAUACAUAUGACGACCGCCACCGAUACUGCAAUGCUUCGUGUCGUUAUGGCUGCUGUAGAAGAGUGAGUCCCUUCCAUUUUGUUUUCCCCCCCCUUUUGGUCCCGUAUCCUCUCUUCCCGAUUCCCGAACUUGCGCUCAAAUCUUUUUCUUGCGCUCCCCUCCCCCUUUUCUCCUUUAGCAUCGUCCUGCGCACAA